AUGCCCACCAUCAGGAAGCAGGAGGAAGGCACUCCAGUCAAUAUCAAGGCCGAAGACGCAGACGAAGCGUGGGACUCGGAUGCGCGCGACGAUGUCGCGGUCCACAACCUCAGACUCAGUCCCCUUCGCCCAGCGAAGCGCUGCCACGAGUCAUCAUCGCCCUCGUCCUCGGUUUCAUCGUCUGGAGAGGACGUCAUCCGGCCCUUACAGGCAGAUGGCAGAGCUCAGGCCACGCUCAUGCCAGCAUCUCGUGCUCUUCUUGCAGUAGAGAACGGUACCUCAACCUCAGCGGCUGCCGGCUUGCGUUCCCGAUCAGAGGGAGGACGUCCCAGCAAGCGUGUCCGACACGAGUCUCCCAGAAAUGCUGAGCCACCCAUCCGCGAUAACGAUAAUGCCAACAAUCUCAAUGACAACCGUGGCGGCAACCAUGAGGCAGCCGCUGCUUCGCCCAACACACAAGACGCCCGUCCAAUCCCUCUCGACCUGAACAAAUGCAUCCUCCGUCUCAACGCAAGCACCGGCUUUGACGUUGCGCUAGCCGAGUUCAUCGCUUCGGACAUGGCCACGUCAGACUUGAUCACGCGCUUCUCCUGGGCCAAAUUCCUCGACUGGCACCAUACCAUUGAGCGACGGGGCUACAACACAGGCGCAGUAGACGCGGCAUACGGGCGGUAUGAGACUUCUGACGGGUCUGUGGUCAAUGACAAGUACUCGUGGCAUGUCUUCCUGCUUGAGGCGCAGGAGGCAGGUCAUGCUGAUAGCGCUGGUGGUUCUGGACCAAACUUCUGA